AUGAACGUUAACGCAAAGGGAAAAGAAAAAGCUAUUGAGGAGGAAGAGGAAGUUUCUGAGGAAUCUGACUCAGAUAUUUCGUCUUCUUCGAGCGUAACCUCAGAUUCAGAUUCAGAUUCUUCUGAAGACGAGGAACCAAUCACACAAGAAUAUCUCAAUUUACUCUUUGAAAAGGCACGUAAGAAUGCAGAGGAUGCCGAAAAGCGUUCACAGGCCAUAUCGGAUGAGACGGGGAAAGAAGAAGAAGUCAUCACACUCGACGACGAAAUGCAGAUACCUUUGCCAAAAUUAAAUCCAGGAAAGCUUCCUGCCCCUUACAUACAAUUGGGAGAGACCAGAUUCGACGGUCCAUCAUCCAUACGAGACCCAGAAGUUGAACGCACCGAGAAAGCAACUGCCUCAAUGUCGGUCCCUGCUCCCCCAUUACCCCCAGCAGAACUUUCGAAAUCAGGAAAGCCGCUCACGAAAAAGGAGAGAAAACAGAUAAAGAAUAAAACAGCUGGUCCAGAUUGGUUUGACCUUCCCGCACCAUCUGAAGCAGACCUUCCACGCCUGUAUCGUGAAGUUGAAGCGCUGCGUUUACGGAACCAACUCGACCCCAAACGCUUUUACAAGAAAGAUGAAGGUGAAGGCAAAGGUAUCAAAGGCCUUCCAAAAUAUUUUGCGAUUGGCACUAUAUUGCCUUCUAAAACGCCAUUUGGGACGCCCAGUGGCGAUAAUCUCACUCGUGCUAAUCGUAAGAGAACUCUUGUGGACGAGUUGGUGGACGACGCAGAGGCCAAGCGUUACGCCAAAAAGAAGUUCGAAGAUCUGCAAUCCGUUCGUGGAGCAAGGGGCAAGAAUACUCUUCAUGCAAAGCAAGCUGCACGGCGACCAAAGUGGUAA